CAGUUCCUGCAACUCAGAAAACUUUCAGAAGCUGAAAAUGAUGGAACCACAAGAUCUUGCUACCCGUGAGCUGCGUGCCAUUAAAAAAACCUUGUGCUAUAUCAGCAGCACCGCCUGUGCUCUCUGUCUAGUCUGUACAGCAACCACACUGGUGCUUUUACUGAGCGACCGAAUGGUAAGUGUCCUCCUUUCUCAGCUCAUAAAUCCAACGAAAAAUCAGCUGAAGCCGAGCAUCAAACACAAAGACAAGUUUAAUUUCUUUAAUUUCUUACGCUCUUUAGUGUUGCCCGGCACGUCUUCCACUUUGUUAUGGAAGAAUGACAGGUCCAGCAAAGGAAUGAAGUACCAAGAUGGAAAGCUUACUAUUUUGACUAAAGGUCUAUAUUUCGUCAACUGCCAGCUCCAAUUUGUUGUUAGGGAAUGUUUAGAAAAAAAUGAAGACUUGAGGACUAACCUGGUCUUGAAUGGGAAAGAAGAACACCUAACGAUGCAGACUUUACCAAGACAAAACAAUACAAAACCAAAUGAAACCAAUCCUUGUAAGAUGUUCACCAACCAACACUUCAGCCUCCAGAUCAAACUUAACGUUGAUGACAACAUCUCAGUCCAUACAAGCCACCCACACUGGCUCAGUGAUGAUGGCCUGUCAGUGGACAGCAGUGUGUUCGGAGCAUUUAAGAUAUCGGAUGACUUCUAAAGGAAAAAAAAUAAUAUUUAGACUUUAUGUUUUAUAAUAGACCCCGAAAAAAAGUAGAACUUCAUUCAGGGCCAUCUUUAAUAUUGAUUGGACCCUGAGCAAACAUAUUCUUGGGCCUUCCCGAAUCCACUUAUCUACUAUUUGGGGGCAGUGCAAGGCUCAAGAGGCAGCUGUUUUGGGCCCCACAACAAUGACCGGGCCCGGGACAGCUGCCCCUUUUGCCCUGUUUUAAAGAUAGCCCUGUCAGGGCCAUCUUUAACAUUUAUUGGACC